AUGGAGGGAGCGGGCCAUCAGGAGCAGGCGGCCGCCUCUGGGAGCCAUCAGGAGCAGGCGGCCGCCUCUGGGAGCCAUCAGGAGCAGGCGGCCGCCUCUGGGAGCCAUCAGGAGCAGGCGGCCGCCUCUGGGAGCCAUCAGGAGCAGGCGGCCGCCUCUGGGAGCCAUCAGGAGCAGGCGGCCGCCUCUGGGAGCCAUCAGGAGCAGGCGGCCGCCUCUGGGAGCCAUCAGGAGCAGGCGGCCGCCUCUGGGAGCCAUCAGGAGCAGGCGGCCGCCUCUGGGAGCCAUCAGGAGCAGGCGGCCGCCUCUGGGAGCCAUCAGGAGCAGGCGGCCGCCUCUGGGAGCCAUCAGGAGCAGGCGGCCGCCUCUGGGAGCCAUCAGGAGCAGGCGGCCGCCUCUGGGAGCCAUCAGGAGCAGGCGGCCGCCUCUGGGAGCCAUCAGGAGCAGGCGGCCGCCUCUGGGAGCCAUCAGGAGCAGGCGGCCGCCUCUGGGAGCCAUCAGGAGCACGCGGUGGGCCGCUGA